AUGCAGGACUCCCGCCGACGUCAGCUUCAUAGCUGCGAUCAAUGCCGCAAAGGAAAGAGAGGCUGCGAUGCACCGAAAAUGCGAAGAGAGAACGGCUUCUCUUGCUCAAACUGCAAACGAUGGAAGAAGGAUUGCACGUUUAACUGGCUUGCGGUAAAGCACACAGCCCACGCCGGGGGCCAGAAGAAGAAAAUAGCCACUGCAGCCAAAUCAAAUUGCAAUAGUGAUCCUUCUUCUGUUCCGAACUCCCUUAACUUCCUACUUGAUGAGGCGCUACAGCCUUCACAGUUGCACACUUCCCAUCCGACGCACUCGGCUGAUAUUUCAAGCUUCGCUUCAUCUUCCCCAUCCUCCAUUAUCCCGGAAGAACCAAUCAUUGAAGGUUCAGACUCGAGCAAUGGACUCGACAGCCAUUCGGGGGGAUUUCCUUGGAUUCUAGACAGCCCGGAUGACUGGAAUGCCAGUGCAAUUACCCAGGGUUCUGAGAAGGCCUUGGGAGACAUUGGCUUUCAACACAAUUGGCAUACCUCUCUUCCAAUCUCUUUCGGUAAUAAAUUUGAAUUGGGUCACCAGAUUGAAGAUGAAUCCAACACGUCGCCAUCUGAGUCCACAGAGUCCACACUUCAGCAGAGAACAUACCACCAUCCCACAGGAUCUACUUCUUAUGACCCAAUGAAGCUUGGUAAUCAGAAAUUGUUUUGUAUCUCAUCCAACAAUGCAGCUAGAGAUUUUGCGCGGGCAACAAUGACACGAAACUUGAUUCGCAUAUACCACGACAGUAUGGAAAACGCCCUGUCGUGCUGGCUGACAGAGCACAACUGCCCUUACAGCGACUCUACCGGGGUACUGCUACCCGAAAGAGGAAAGAAAGAUUGGGGACCAAGCUGGUCGAACCGAAUGUGCAUUCGGGUCUGUCGCUUGGAUCGUGCCUCCUCUUCAAUACGCGGUCGAUCUUUGAGUGCCGAGGAAGAUGGGAUUGCAUUCAAGACUCUGCAUUUGGCAAUCAUGGCUUUUGCUUCCCAGUGGACUCAGCAUGCCCGAAAAGGUACAUCUUUGUCCGUUCCAGCAGAAAUCGAUUGUGAUGAAAGAGCAAUCAGAGUGAAUGUCUGGAACAAGGCGAAGAAAGCAUUGGAGCAGUCAACCGGCAUACCAUCUUUUCGAAUCAUUUUCGCGAAUAUAAUUUUCUCCCUGACACAAAGUCCGCUGGACAAAACACACGACUCUCGCUUGGAUCGCCUUUUAGAGAAUGACCCUGCGCCAGUCUUUCUCGAAAAUGCCAAUCGCCAGCUUUUCACCCUUCGCCACAAAUUCACAAGACGCCAACGUGAGGCAGCUUUUUUGACACGAGAUAGUAGAAGAGGGUCAUUAGGAUCCACCAUGACCGAUAUCUUCGAAGCUGCAGCUCCUUCAACUCCGCGUAAUGAUCCAAUUCUCACAAGCCAUGAAUAUCGAAGCACGCUAGGCCUAAUGUUCUGGCUGGGAGUCAUGUUUGAUACUCUAAGCGCAGCGAUGUACCAGCGCCCCCUCGUGGUUUCGGAUGAAGACAGUCAGAUUGCAUCAGCAUCACCUACCAUCAUUGAGCCUAGAUUUGAGGUCGAUCUGGACGGCUGGACUAUUUCAGCAAAUACAAGUCUCCAGAGUAAGGAUGUAUGGGGGGAUUUCUUCCUGCACCCUCCGGCUGACGCCCCAGAAUCUAACACAACUCAACCAAGAUGGCCAUGCUCUUACGAAGAAGCUGCAUCUGUGCUUUCAGAGGCAACCCCUGUCAAAGUCCUGCUAUACCGUCGAGUGACGCAACUCCAGACUCUUGUGUACCGAGGGGCAAGCAGCGAAUGCUUGGAAAGCUUGAUCAAGAGGACAAUGUUAGUCUAUGAGCACUGGAACUCCACGUAUCAGAGUUUUAUGCUAGACUGCGUCGCCAGCCAUGAACAACUGCCACCUCGCAUACAAUCAUGGUACAUUAUUCUUGAUGGGCAUUGGCAUCUUGCUACAAUGCUUUUGGCAGAUGUCAUAGAAAACAUCGACAAUGGACGGCUCAGCUCUAUCACUGGACGUCGCACACGCGAGGCUACAAACAUCGUGUCAAAUCUGAGGAAAGAGAAUGCAAUGGCAGUUGGGGCACUAGCUCGAUCCUCACUCCAAGGACAAGCGCCCUCUAUAAAUGGCCAUUUCCACGAUUCUCUCAACGAGGUCGCCUUUCUAGUUGAGCCGUGGACUGUUGUCCUUAUACAUUCUUUUGCAAAGGCUGGCUAUAUAUCUUUGGACUACUUGGAUGUAUCUGAUGAGCAUGGUGAAUUGGUCGAUAAUUUCCGAAAUAAUUGUGAACAGUGUAUCUCUGCGCUUCAAUAUCUCGGCAGAAAGUCUGAUAUGGCUUCGUUGGUUGCUGAAAAUCUAUCGAUGUCUUUGGAUUUGAAGCUAAGCUUGAGAAUCUGA